GCGGAAUCUGAACCAACGUAGAUCCCGAAAUAGUCCCCGCACACCUCAGCUCUCAACAGACUUUCCAUCCUGGCAACAGCGCCGUUGUGGAACGGCUCAAUGACUUCCAACGUAACGCAGGAUCAGCAACCUCCACGAAAUGUGGAGGGCGGAGCAGAAAGCCCCGAGUCACAGCAGCAUCGAGAUGAGGGAGACACGGACGACGCAGCCACGGCGACCAGAAACGAACAGUACCACACCGCGUGCUUCAAUUGUCGCGCGUCGAGACAAAAAUGCGACAGACAGAAACCCUGUUCACGUUGUAUUGCGCAACGUCGUUCAUGCCGAUACCCAACUCGCUCCAACCGUGGUCGCAAACAAGGGAGUACCAAUAAGCCUGAUACAGUAGAAAAGCUACUGUCGCGCAUCAACGAAAGUGCCUUUCGCGAUGAGGCCAUCGCCGCCAUCAUCAAUUCCUCCCUUCCAAGCCCCAAUUUCACCUCUUCUUCAUUGACUACGACAUCAACACAGAAGCAAGCUCUUCAACGCUUCCCCGUCUAUGGUACCGACUGUACCGGUGCCGCUACUCACCCUGCUCCCGUGUCUAUCCAUGUUCAGGCUCAGACCCUUAAUGAAGUGGCCGUUGAAGCUGGAGGGCAAGAGUCUCUGGUCUCACCUCUGCAUAUCGUGGCGGCCGCCAUCACAGCGAACUCGGAGCCUAAAUGUGAUGGACUCGGCACUCAGAUGACUCUCCAGUCUGGUCGGAUAACCAGCAUGGCCCCUAUCAAGGACAGGCUUACUAAGUAUUUCGCUUCACAUACAGCCCAACAGAGAGACUGGGAGGUAUUGGCUACUCAAUCAGUCGAUUGCCCGUUCAAGUUAGAGUCGGAUACUUGCGACCCUGUCGCGUCUCGGCUGAUUGACGAGAAGGAUGCGUCGCUCUACUUCCAACUCUUCUUCAAGAUACGCAACCCACUCGUGGGCCUCUUAGAUGCUACGCUGCAUACGCCGGACUAUGUUUAUUCGGCGUCAUUCACCCUGUUCUCCGUUAUUUGUGCCCUCGGGUGUGCUAUUUCGAUACGUCCUCGUGAUCGAGCUCUGUACCCGGUGCUGGUCUCAUUAGCCGCUGGCAACAUCAAAUGGUCCAUUGCCGCAUCCGUCAAGUCUCUGGAGAUCAUUCAGGCCAUCAUCAACAUGCAGUAUUGGGCGCCUAUUUGCCCCAGGCAAUCCGAUGACCCUUACUGGCUAAACUUGAGCCAUGCUGUACAAGUGGCAAGGGAGAUGGGAAUUAAUAGACCCACCAAAGUCGCGGAACACGUCAAAACCACUUCACCAAAUGCAUGUGACGACUUUAGGGAGCGACUGUUUCGCAACUAUGAGAGGACAUGGCUAUACACUUUCAUUGCAGAUAAGAGCUUCGGCAUCAUCACUGGACGCUCACAUUGUGUCACAUUGAAGGAGAUGCCUACGUGUGCCUCUGAAUGGUGGAAGAAGCCAAUGACAGAACCGCUAGAUCGCAUGAUUAGCGGAAUCAUUGAAAUAAGAGGACUGCUGCUUCAAGCCCAUGAGAGACGGAGACAGAGAGAAUCGACACCGACGUCGAUCCUAAACUGGCACUCAGAGGCUUACAGUAUUCUUACCCAAACACGUGAUGCCCGAUGUGCACCCGAUGGCCUUCCGUCUGCAACAUUCCUUCCAAUUCUGGCUUUUUACAUGGAUCACAGCCUCUUGGUCUUGAACGCCCAGGCUUUACGAGAUGUAAUGGCUGCCGACGAAUCCACCACAUCGACUGCAAUCUUGGCAAUCUCGCGAAGAACUAUCGAAGUCGCUAGUCGUGCCCUCGAUCUUGUGUUAGCAGACCGAACGAUGUCUGAGCUAUUGUUGGGCUUCCACAAUAACCAGUAUAUCAUGAUAUGCCAUGCGGCCACGGAGAUUCUGCGAGCCAUCAAACGAGGAGGUUUGACGCUAAGAGAAAUAUCCGAAGCGGCAGACAAAGUGAUCGCGAUUCCAAAGCAUCUGGAACGUAUCACACAACUACUUCCAGCAACAUCGACAGCGCAUCUCUAUCUUGAUCUUGCUCGCUUUUUUGGUUGUCAAGUCGACGCAAUCACAACCACGACGAACUUAGAGGCGAUCCGCGAGACCAUCGACCAAGGAAUUUUCUCUGGCGACUGGUGGAGAGCAGCUGAUGCUGGCUUGCCUGAUCUCGCUACUUGGCUGGACAUGGGUUACCUUGGCUCUGAGCAACCGAUCUUGGAGUGUAAUGACUUUCAGAACACGUAUGAUUCUGGUAUAAAUGAAUUUAUGUUUUCUUGAAGGGCUUGUCAAGGGUGGCGGCCUGCUAUGGGAGGAUGGCAAAAGCAAAGCACAAGGUCAAAAAGGCGAAGCUUUAACAUUGGUGGUAUCUAUAGAACAGGCUUGAACUCAACACCGUAUCGCUUGUAAAUAGACUUUCAUGAUUUAUUUUGUUUAUUUUAAUAUGAGGCAAAGCCUGUCGGGUCCUAGAUAAAGGAUGAAGCCGUUG